CACACGGACUAUGUCCUGUUUUCAGAUGCCAAACUGAGUAAGAACAGUUUUAAGAGAGGCAAACAUUUGCAGAAGAGCCCUUGAAGGAAUCUUAGCUGUUCUCCCAGAAAAAAAGAAAACAGUGAAUCAGAGGUACUUCUAAGUUCCUCACUCAUUUUCCUGAGAGUCAAAGUUGUUUUUACCUUCCACUUUGCAUAAGAACCCUUCAGAGCGACCCAUCUUCCUGAGCAGCCUCCUCAUGCCCUGGGACGCAUGGAUGAGUUUAACGACUCUGAUCUGGUGGUGGGAUAUACCCCAGUCACUAACAUGACACAGAGGAUAAUGGAUAAGAUGGCUUUGGCUUCCUUUAUGAAAGGAAGAAGAUUCAUGAGGAUUGUUAAAUGAUGGAUACAGUACUUUCAGAAAACUGUCAUGAAACUGUGGGAAUUGUGUUUGAUGACACUUUUUCAUAUCAGCUGAAGUUUAGUUGGGGAUAUGAAAUCCCAAAUGUGGAAGAAGACUCUGAACACACAGGCAUGUUUUUCUCCUUCCUUAAGGAGCACUGUUGGGAUAAUGAUGAUAAAAUUUUUUGUUAUGUGGCAAGAUACUGGCAAUAUGGGUUUGUGGCUUUUCAAACUGCAAUUAAUGCUGCAAUUAUAGAAGUCACAACAAAUCAUUCUGUGAUGGAGAAACUGGUGUCAGUGAUUAGAAUCAAUAUGAGGAUGCUGCCUUUCAUUUCUAAUGGAGAAAUUAUAAAUACAUGGUUUACUUUUAUUUGUGUGUCUUAUUUCUCCUCUUUUGUGUACUUCACAUCAUUAAAUGUUACUCAGGAAAGAAAAUAGUUUAAGAAACUGCUGACAGUGAUGGGUCUGCGAGAGUCAGCAUUCUGUCUGGCAGAUCUAGCCUGGGCUGGGCUUGGAUCCAAGUUACCGGUUGCAUCAAGUCUGCCCCAUGUGGCUCUCAUCCUCCUUGGGCUGUCCUGCGGAUUAAUGUAUGCUGGCCUCAUAUUUAUCCUGUCCAUUUUUAUGGCUCUGAUCAUAACAUCUAUCCAAAUUGUAGUAAUUGCUGGCUUCAUGGUGAUAUUCACACUCUUUGUCCUAUAUGGCUUGUCUUUGAUAGCAUUGGCUUUCCUCCUGAGUGUGCCGAUAAAGAAACCUAUCCUUACCGGUUUGGCUGGUUUUCUCUUCAACAUUUGGGGAUGUCUGGGAUUCACUGCAUGGUACAGACAACUUCCUUCAUCUUUGGAAUGGACUUUAGGCCUUUUUAGCCCCUUUGCCUUCACUGCUGGAAUGGCCCAGAUAUUACACAUGGAUUACUACCAUGUGUACCAUGGUACCAUUAUUACCAUGAUCGGCUUUAUUUUUCCCAAUCCAUCUGGGGAGUCAUACGUAAGGACGGUUACUUUCUUCCUUCUGGCACUUCAUACUCUUCUCUAUUUGAUAUUAACAUUAUAUUUUGAGUGAGUUUUGCCUGGUGAAGACGGCCGCUGACAUUCACCAUUGUUUUUCCUAAAGUCUUCAUUUUGGUCCCAACGUCAGACACAUUAUAAAGUUUUUGAGGACAAAAGAAAUCAUGAGCAUUCCUCUGAUGACUCUUUUGAACUAGUGCCUCCAGAAUUCCAUGGGAAAGAAGCUAUAAGAAUCAGAAAUGUUACAAAAGAAUAUAAUGGAAAACCUGAAAAAGUAGAAGCUUUGCAAGGUAAAGAGAAAGACUUCAUUGUUCUGAUCAUAUUUCUUGACAUAUAUGGGGGACAGGUCACUGCAAUACUGGGACACAGCCGAGCUGGUAUGACACUGCUACACAUUCUGAGUGGGUUGUGUGGUUCUAUGGAAGGAUCAGUCACUAUUUAUAAUACUCAACUCUCUGAAAUAACUAAUGUGGAAGAAAUGAGAAGGAACACUGGAUUUUGUCCACAAUUCAAUAUUCAAUUUGACUUUCUUACUGUGAGAGAAAACCUCAGGCUAUUUGCUGAAAUAAAAGGGAUUCAGUCGGAGGAAGUGGAAGAAGAGAUUUUUUUUCAAUAUGUAAAAAGAGUUAUAAUGGAAUUGGACAUACAAAACGUUCAAGAUGUUAUAACUAAACAAUUAAGCAGUGGACAGAAGAGAAAACUAACAUUUGGGAUUGCCGUGUUAGGAAAUCCUCGGGUAAUUCUACUGGAUGAACCGACUGCUAGGUUGGAUCCUUUUUCAAGGCACCAAGUUUGGACCUUCCUGAAGGAGCAUAAAACAAACCGCACAAUCCUUCUUAGUACCCAGAUCGUGAAUGAGGCUGACAUCAUGGGUGAUAAGAAAGUGUUUCUGUCUAAUGGGAAGUUGAAAUGUGCAGGGUCAUCUUUGUUUCUGAAGCGAAAAUGGGGUAUUGGAUAUCAUUUAAGUUUACACAGGAAUGAAAUGUGUAAUCCAGAAAGAAUUACUUCCCUCAUUAAACAGCUCAUCCCUGAUGCCAAGUUAACAGCAGAAAGUGAAAAAAAACUUGUGUAUAUUUUGCCCUUGGAAAGAACAAACAGAUUUCUAGAUAUCUUUACAGUGACCUUGAAAUGUACUGACUAGGGCAUAAUGAAUUAUGGUGUUUCCAUGACAACUCUCAACGAAGUCUUCAUGAACCUAGAAGGCAAAUCAUUGAGCGAGCCCAUUAUAAUGGUUUAUUACAUGGUUGCAGAUUUUGGCAUUCGGAAACAGGAGAAAGUCAAUGAGAUAAGAGAUACUAGAACUGAGUCUGAAAUGCAACAGGGUCCUUGUUCUCUUCCUGGAUUGAGAAAGGUCAUUAGUACUGGAACUUUCUGGAAACAACAGGUCUGUGCCAUGGCAAGGCUUCGCUUCUUAAGGCGUGAAAAGAAAGCACUUUUGUCCUUGUUACUGGUACUUGGUAUUCCUUUUACCCCCACCAUUUUCGAGAAGAUAGUGGGUGUGGUAUCUAAUUACACUCAUUGUUGGGAGCUUUCAUCCAGUAUGUAUUUCCUUUCUCUGAAACAACCCUCCCAGGCUCCUCUUACCGGUCUGUUGGUCAUCAAUAAUACAGCUAUAAGAUCUAAAGACCUAAUGUGUAAUUUGGAGGCUAUAGUUGAUAACACUUCUCCUCACCCUAAUUCCACCCUGGUAAUUUAUAAAUUAUACAAUAAGUAUAUUUACUUUAAUAAUUUGGAACUUAUAUUUGUGUGUGUGUUUUUAAAGGAUUACAGAUUUUCAGUUGCAUGUAAUACCAAGAGAAUGACUUGUUUUCCUGUUCUUAUGGGAAUUAUUAGCAAUGCCCUUCUUGGAAUUUUUAAUUUUACAGAACUUAUUAAAACAGAAUGUGCUUUGAACUUCCAGAAUGUCUUAAUGAUGGGCACUGGUUCUUCGAAUGGACCCUUCUUUCUCUUGGUCCUUGCAAACUGCAUUUCUCCCUACGUGGGCAUGAGCAGCAUCAGGGAUUGUGAACAAAAAACUCAGUCUCAGUUAUGGAUUUCAGGCCUGUGUCCUUCAGCAUACUGGAUUGGACAGGCUCUGGUGGACAUUCCGUUAUACCGCUUGGUUCUUUUUUCAAUAUAUUUAAUUAACUACUUCAUGAUUUUGGAGCUCAGCUUUUCACUGGGACUCAUGUUUGCUCUUGUGGUUUGCAUAGCUGGUUGUUCAGCCUCUCUUAUAUUCUUCACAUACGUGAUUUCAUUCAUCUUUCGCAACAGGAGAAAGAAUAGUGGUUUUUGGUCUCUUGGCUUUCUUAUUAUCUCAUUACUUUUACUCAACUUCCUAUCAUCAGUUGAAUUUGAAAAACCCAGUUUAAUUUUAUGCAUGAUUUCAAUGCCUUUCUUCACUUUAAAUUGGAUUUUUUGUGCUUUUAGUAAAGGUAAGCAAUAUUGCCUACUGUGUCUGGAAAUGAAGUAUGGAAAAGAAACAAUGAGGGAAGAUCCAGGAAAUCAUCCAAAUCCAGAAGAGCCAGAAGAAGAUGAAGAUGUUCGAGCUGAAAGAGUGAACACAGCAAGUGCACUCACUACCCUGAACCUGAAUGAGCUGAAAACAAGUAACUUGAACCCUAAACCAAUCAUAAUGGCAAGCUGCUUACAUAAGGAAUAUAAAGGGAAAAAAAGAAGUUGCUUUACAACAAGAAAGAAGAAAAUAGCCACUAGAAAUGUUUCCUUCCAUGUUAACAAAGGUGAAGUUUUGGACACAAAGUUGCUGGGACACAAUGGAGCUGGUAAAAGUAAUUCUAUUAAAGUGGUAACAGGAGACACAAAGCCAACUGAAGGAGUGGUGGUUUUACAAGGCCGCAGAACAUCACCGAGGCAACUGAAAGAGGACACCCUCAAGUUUUGGGGGUACUGUCCUCAGGAAAACUCACUGUGCCCCAAUCUUACAGUGAAGGAACACCUGGAGUUGUACGCUGCAGUGAAAGGAAAAGGCAAACAGAAUGCUGCUCUUAGUACUUCACGAUUGGUGGAAGCUCUUAAGCCAGAACAACUUAAAUUUCCCAUGAGGUCCUUAUCUGAGGGAGUGAAGAGGAUGCUGUGCUUUGCACUGAACAUCCCGGAGGAUCCGUCAGUGGUGAUCCUGGAUGAGCCGUCCACGGGGGUGGACCCUGAAGGGCAGCAGCAAAUGUGGCAGGCAAUUUAGACCAUUGUUAAAAACACAGAGAGGGGCACCCUCCUGACCACCCACUCCAUGGCAGAAGCUGAGACCGUGUGUGACCAUGUGGAUAUGGUGUCUGGAAGGCUGAGGUGUAUUGGUUCCAUUCAACAUCUGAAAAGCAAGUUUGGUAAAGAUUAUUUUCUAGAAGUAAAAAUGAAGGACCCAACACAGAUGGAGCCUCUCCACAGAGAAAUUCUGAAGCUUUUUCCACAGGCUGCUCAGCAGGGAAGAUAUUCCUCCAUGAUGGCACAUAAAUUGGUGGAAGAUGUUCACCUUCUAUCUCAGGUCUUUUUCAAAUUAGAGGCAGUGAAACAGACCUUUGACAUGGAAGAAUACAGCCUCUCUUAGGCCACCUUGGAACAGGUGAUAUUCUUAAGACUCUCUAAAGAACAGGAGCUGGGAAAUUUUAAUGAUGAAGUUGAUACAACAGUUAGAUGGAAAAUCCUCCCACAGGAAGAGCCUUAAAACCCUAAA